CUCAGCACCUGGUCUGGCCUCUGGUCUCGCUCCUCUCUGCCGCCAGCAUGACCACCACCAUCCGCCAGUUUACCUCCUCCAGCUCCAUCAAGGGCUCCUCUGGCCUGGGGGGCGGCUCUUCCCGUGCUUCCUGCCGACUCUCUGGCAGCCUGGGCGGUGGCUCCUGCAGGCUGGGCACAGCCAGUGGCCUGGGCAGUGGCCUGGGCAGCGGCCUCGGGGGUGGCAGCAGCUUCUCCAGCUGCUACAGCUUUGGCUCUGGCAGCGGCUAUGGGGGCAGCUUUGGGGGCGUCGAUGGUCUGCUGGCUGGAGGUGAGAAGGCCACCAUGCAGAACCUCAACGACCGCCUGGCCUCCUACCUGGACAAGGUGCGGGCCCUGGAGGCGGCCAACUCAGAGCUGGAGGUGAAGAUCCGGGACUGGUACCAGAGGCAGGCUCCUGGGCCUGCCCCUGACUAUAGCCCCUACUACAAGACCAUCGAGGACCUGAAGAGCAAGAUCCUGGUGGCCAGCGUGGACAACGCCAACGUCCUGCUGCAGAUCGACAAUGCCCGGCUGGCUGCGGAUGACUUCCGCACCAAGUUUGAGACAGAGCAGGCCCUGCGUCUGAGUGUGGAGGCGGACAUCAAUGGGCUGCGCAGGGUGCUGGAUGAGCUGACCCUGGCCAGAGCUGACCUAGAGAUGCAGAUCGAGAGCCUGAAGGAGGAGCUGGCCUACCUGAGGAAGAAUCAUGAGGAGGAAAUGAAUGCCCUGCGUGGCCAGGUUGGCGGUGAGAUCAAUGUAGAGAUGGAUGCAGCCCCUGGUGUGGACCUGAGCCGAAUCCUGAAUGAGAUGCGUGACCAGUACGAGCAGAUGGCCGAGAAGAACCGCAAGGACGCGGAGGAUUGGUUCUUCAGCAAGACGGAGGAGCUGAACCGUGAGGUGGCCACCAACACCGAGGCCCUACAGAGCGGCAAGAGCGAGAUCUCCGAGCUGCGGCGCACCUUGCAGGCGUUGGAGAUCGAGCUGCAGUCCCAGCUCAGCAUGAAAGCAUCCCUGGAGGGCAGCCUGGCAGAGACAGAGAACCGCUACUGCGUGCAGCUGUCUCAGAUCCAAGGCCUGAUUGGCAGCGUGGAGGAGCAGCUGGCCCAGCUGCGCUGUGAGAUGGAGCAGCAGAGCCAGGAGUACAAGAUCCUGCUGGACGUGAAGACGCGGCUGGAGCAGGAGAUUGCCACUUACCGCCGCCUGCUUGAGGGAGAGGACGCCCACCUGACUCAGUACAAGCCCAAAGAACCUGUGACCACCCGCCAGGUGCGCACCAUCGUGGAAGAGGUGCAGGACGGCAAGGUUAUCUCGUCCCGGGAGCAGGUCCACCAGACCACCCGUUGAGGCCCAGCCUCUCCUGGCCAGCUGCCCCCACCCUGCACCCCGGAGGCAGGGACACGGCCACCCCCUCUGCCCUACAGCCCCUGCCCUUGGCACUGGUCCCUUCCCCAUGCCCCUGCCUGGCACCAAUAAAGCUUGUUGAUUCAGA